AUGACGGGCGUCGGCGCCCGGCUGGUGCAGGCGGUGGACACCGAGCUCACCGCCGACUCCGUGGAGUGGUGCCCGCUGGACGGCCGCAGGCACCUGCUGGCGUGCGGCACCUACGAGCUGCGGAAGCCGGACGGCGGGCUCGGCGCCCAGAGCCAGAGUGGACUGGACCCUGAAGAACCUCAAGUCCGUCUAGGUCGGCUCUACCUGUACGGUUUCAAUGAGGACAACUCCGCUCACCCUCUGGUUGAGGUCCAAAGAAGAGAUACUUCUGCAAUCCUGGACAUGAAAUGGUGCCAUGUCCCGGUGGCCGGCCAUGUCCUGUUGGGCUUGGCAAAUGCCAGUGGAUCCAUAGAGCUGUUCCGCCUGGUGGGAUCUGAGGAGAGCAGGUUCGAACUGCAGCCAUUAUCCAGCUUGGCCCUGGAGGAGCAUUGUCUGGCUUUGUCCCUGGAUUGGUCCACUGGGAAAACUGGAAGGGCCAGCGACCGUCCCUGGAAAAUCGUCAGUAGUGACUCCAGGGGGCAGCUUCACCUGCUGACGGUGAACGAGGUGGAGCCCAGACUGCAGAGAGUGGCCUCGUGGCAGGCGCAUCAGUUCGAGGCCUGGAUUGCUGCUUUUAACUACUGGCAGACAGAAGUCGUGUAUUCAGGGGGGGACGAUGGCCUUCUGAAGGGCUGGGACACCAGGGCACCUGGCAAGCCUCUGUUCACCAGCGAGAGACACUCCAUGGGCGUGUGCAGCAUCCAGAGCAGCCCCCACCGGGAGCACGUCCUGGCCACGGGGAGCUACGACGAGCACGUUCUACUGUGGGACACUCGGAACAUGAAGUGGCCGUGUGCAGACACACCUGUCCAGGGCGGGGUGUGGAGGCUCAGGUGGCACCCUUUCCAUCAGCACCUGCUCCUGGCGGCCUGUAUGCACGGUGGCUUUAAGAUCCUCGACUGCCAAAAGGCGAUGGGGCAGAGGCAGGAAGCCACAGUCUUGGUGUCCCACGUGUUGCCCAACUCACUGGUGUAUGGAGCCGACUGGUCCUGGCUCCUCGUCCGUUCUCCGCAGCCCGUCCCCUCGUGGUCCUGUCUUCAGAGCGACCCAGGAGCCAGAGCAGCAGACCUGAAGGUUGCAGGUGGGUUGCCAGCACCCUCUCUUGAACGCACAGUGGAUGACGAGGGGGAGGACCCUGCGAAACUCCAGAGUGGCGUGGAGCCACUCCCAGAGAACAGGAGGAAGAGCGGCACUGAACUGCACACCAAAGCGGCCAAGCCCUGUGACCGAGACACACACCUGGAAGGGCUGAACUCGGAUGUCAGCCUCUUGGCCACCUGCUCCUUUUAUGACCAUGCUCUCCACCUCUGGAAGUGGGAGGUGACCUGGGCUCAAGAUCGUGAAGACCAUUCCCACAAGUAAACUAAGCGUGUGACUUUGUGAGGGAACUGCCCAUGGCUCAUUUGAGAUUGUUCCUGCAACCCUGCAAGCUGCACGGUCAGAGCAGCUGUCGGCUCCCCUCCUGGGCCGUGGAAAGGGACUGGGCGGUGCUGUCUGGCUGUGAGUGGGGAAAAGACUUGGUUUCAGAGAACAAACUUGUGAGUUUCUCAGGUAGAUUUUGAC